AAAAAAUCUGAAUUAGAAAAAAAAUAGACACACCUGUUGUUGUUGUUUUUGUUGUUGUUGUUGAUUGCAUGACACAACUACAUUUUUAUUCAGGUGUGUUCAUUAAUUACGCAUGCGUUCGUAUUCGUUUACCUUGAUGAAUAUUUUCUAUUGGUAUUUCGUGAGCUCACCAAUCAAUCAAUCAAUCAUUCAUUCAUUUAUUUUUGUCCGUUGACACGAAUUUGAAAUAAAUUCAACCAAUCGUUCCAUUAUGGAAUUAUAUAUGGUUUGUGUAUUGAUGGCAAUUGCAUUAGCCCUUGUCAUCAUAAAAGGUAUACAAUGUGUAUUAUCAUUGAUGCAUCCGAUGCCAAGUGAAGCAGAUAUACGAUGGCGACAAAAUCCACGAUUACCAUUGGAACAGUAUAAAAAACAGAUAAAAAUGGCUAAUAAAACCACGAAAUCCGUUAAUAAUGGUGCCAAUAAAGAGAUGAAUAAAACAAAAGAACCGAAAGGAAAACGUUUACCACGUAAUAUACCUGAAAGAUUGUAUGCCGGUUCACCAGCAUCGUUUGAAAGUGAAUUUAUUGACACAAGUUUUAGUCGUCGUUCAGAUUUUGAUUCAAAUUAUAAUCGAUCACCACCACCAAGAUCGGUUGAUGAUUAUGUUAUUCAUACACAUGUACAUCCACAUGCACAUUCACAAAAUCAGACACUUUUAGAACAAAUAUCAUUCGCCGAAGAUGUGGAUGUUGAUGAUGAUCCUAUUGAAGCAUAUGUUUUACAACAACAUCGAAAAAUAUUAAAAUCAAGCCAAAAUCGAUCAUCAACUCCUAUACAACAGCAACAAAAUUUGAAUAUAAAUACACGACCAUUGUCACAAGCGACAAGUCCAUCGUAUUCAAAAAGUCAUGCAACGAUUGUUUGAAAUGGAUUUUUUAUUUUCAUUUUUACUUGAAUUAUUUUGUCAUCAUUUGUAUAUUUAACCAGAUUUUAUACCAAAACAAAAAAAAAAAAAGAUUUUGAAAAAUUUUUUAUCAUAAUCGCAAUUCAAUGCGCCGGCCACAGAUGGCGGCAGCAGCAGCGAUUCGAAUAAAACAAAAAAAGAGCAAAAA